CAGGAAGUUAUUUUCUUUUUUAAUUUAUUUUCUGUCUGACCACAGUGCUCUGUGCUGACACCUCUGGACAGUUCCUGACAUGGACAGUUCCUGACAUGGACAGAGGUGUCAGCAGAGAGCACUUCCUGUGGAACACAGCAGCUGUUGGGUGUGUCUCACUUCCAGAGUUGUCCAGAGAGAGAGGAGAGAAGGAGUUUUUUCCAGCAACCUUUUCCCCAGGAGGGUGGCAGACUCCUGGGAAGAGCCUCCUGCUAUGGACCCACGGCCUUCCACCUCCCGUACUAGGCCGGCGGGGGGUGGGAGGGAGAGAGUUACGGCCGAUUCCAAGGACGGGGUCAGAAGAUCCAGCAGGCUCCGCAGUAAUGUGGAGCCCACUCCCCUGUCCAUCGCUGGAAACCGCAAGGCAUACGGUAGGAAGAUAACUGUUGUGUCUUCAGGGACUGUUUCUAAUGUUACGGAACCCCAGCAAUGGGGGGUGAAGGGACCCAGGGAGUCGCUUGCCACGUUUGGAUCCCGCAUGCAGGCAAAGCUGGUGGAAUACGAACAGCUGGGAAAGAAGCUGAAAGUGUUAAGGGAGGAUCUGAAGUUUGCCCGCUACCAGACAGAUAACUCUGCCAAGGCCAUGAGGGCUAAGUUUGCUGCUAGAGUGUGCGAGCUGAAGGCAGAGGAGCAGGAGGUGGUGAGAGCCCGAAUGCAGAUCAUAGAGGGAGCGGGUAUGUUUAAAGAAAAAUUAAAAAACGAGGACCGCUAUAAAAUCAUGCGGACCCCUGUGAAGGAGGAAGAGGAUAGUCAGGGGGAGGAAGAACACCUGUGUGAUACAGAGGAGAAGAUGGAGGAAGGUGGUGAGGGAGAUGGCGGCAGUGAGGGUGAUGAGAGUGAGGGGGAUGUGUGUGAUACCCCGUGUACCCCUAAGACCUCUGUCACCCCAAGUGCAGAAUAUAUUAACCCUGCCCAAGUCGCCUUACCAACCACCUCAGAGGAAAGCGACAGUAGUGAUGGUGGUGACAGCGGCCCAGUCGGUGGGGGGCUCCUGCGGGCCAUAGUGAUGCAGGAAGACUUCCAAGAAAAUCGAGCUUACACAGUAUUGGCCAAGGGUCCCUCAGUUCCACGUGAGAGUGAAACAGAUAUCUCUACCUCUGAGACUGAUCAGUCGGAGUCAGACAGAUCCAGAGGAAGAGACCUGCACCUCUUCUACAGAAAAUUGAAGUGGCAUAAAUUCCAUAAACAGAAAGAAAGGCGAGAAUGUCAAGAACUGGGGAUUGAUGUAGGGGAUCUCUUUAUGACUAGAACCCUGGCAGGUUUACUUGAAGAUAACGCAAGACCUAGAGGUUUCCUGGUUUAUGAAAGGUGCCACCAGCAAACAAACUUGGUCCGGUAUUGA